CGCCAUGCACUUUUGCAGCUGAUAGUACAUAAUAUCUUUUCUUUCCCCAACUCCUAAUCACAAAAUCAAUGAUUAGAAUAAGGGCUCCAAAUUCAAUUGCCCAAACAAGAUCAGACUUGCCAUAGUAUUCUUUGAAAAUGAUUCACAUAAUGAGUCUUCAUUUCAUAAUGACAUGUAAACAAACAGAACAAAACCCUUGCAUGCACUAGAGUGGAACAGUUCCAUUCAGUUUGCAGUUCAGUGCACAAGUCAUGUGGGAUACAAUGGAAUCAUGGCGAGGCUCCAAGGAGAGCAUCUCCAGCCUACAAGACAAAGAGACUGAUUAUGUGCGCGACACGAGCGACACAGAUUGCUCGAGCGACAAGGCGGAGUACGAGCCGGUGACGGAGCCCGAGGAUGACGGGCCGCUGGACUGGGACUCCUCUGGUCAGAGUGAUAACGAAAUAAUAGCCACGAAGGUGAUCGAGGUCAGCGUGGGCGACGACGGCGACCUAGAGUUUGCGGACUCUGAACAGGACGAGUCGGAGGGCAGCGACUCCGAGAUGGACCUACACGACUUCUGGGAGUGCGCGCAGUGCAGGGCCGAGAACAACAACCCGCUGUAUCGGUACUGCGAGAAGUGUUUCAAGGUACGUAAAAACUUCUUCCCGCCGAGGCCGAGAAAAAACAAGCGUAAGCGAGUGUCUGAGGUUCCGCGAACUAGCUCUGUCGAUUCCGGGGUCGAAUCCGCCUUUAACAGCCAGGAAACUCUCUCGCAGGUCACUGACAGCCAGGGGACUGAGACCCAGGUCACUGACAGUCAGAGAACUGAGAUUCUAGUUACUGAUAGUCAGGGAACUGAGACCCAAGUCACUGAUAGCCAGGGAACUGACCUUAGUCAACCUGGCUACAGUCUAACGCAGCUCAGUCAAGACUCUCAAGGUACAUCCUCUACGUCGAUCUUAAGUAGACCUUUAAAGCGCCGCGCUGAGUCCGCCGAUCGUAACAACAAGCGAAUGAGAAUCGAUUAUUCCGAUAGCGAUACCGAUAGCGAUGAUGAUGAGCCUAGACGUAGGAAAGCUAAAAGCGCCGAUCCCGAAGUAGCACCAUUAGUUAAAACUACUAGCGAUCCGUCGUUAACUAUCGAUGAUUCCGACAAGCUGACUAAGAAAGCGAUUUUCAAUUCGAUCAAAGAUAAAUUCGAUAACGAGAAUCUGUGUAUAAUUUGCUACGCUGAGCCGAAAUCGGCAGUGUUCGUGCAUGGCAGGAUAGCACACAUCUGCUGUUGCUACGAGUGCGCGAACAAGGUUUGGAGGAAGGCUAAAAGGUGUCCGCAGUGCAAUUGUAAAGUUAGUAACGUUUUGAGAGUUUUAUAGAUUUGUGAACGUAUGAUUAUUUUUUUUUUGUAAAGGUUUGUACUGAAAUUGAGACUCAUUAAAGCAAGUGGAAAUUUUGUUUGUUACAAAAAUAUCUUUAAAACUAUACUUUCAAAAAUAUCUGUAGGUAUAAACAGUAAACACAAUCAAGAUUAGGUAGGGUACUUAGGUACAUCUUUUUUUAAUUUUCGUAAAAUAUAACAAUGCCUAUUUUAGUACAGAUCUUUACAAAAACGCUUCUACGUUAACGACACAGAGUUUCGCCUAAAACUAGAAAACCAAAAAAAAUAUAAAGUAGGUAAAUACUUUUAAAUUUCAUAAUAACUACUCAAUCUGAGAGGGUCAUAUUUAAACUAAUUAAUAAAAUUCUAAUGUCAAUGAAUAGUAAUUUUUAGGUUCUUUAAUUUUUUAUGGUUUUAGACGAAACAAAGUGCGACAUUUCGAAAUCUCGCUUGCUUUAUUACCAAAUGUGUUCAAAUUUUCGGUUUUCCGACUAAUUAUGCCUUAAAAAAUUCAGUUCCUGAGUGUAUGGCUCGAAAUCGCUGAUUUUUUAAAAUUAGAUACUCAAAUGAUUUAAAAUUACCUAAAAAUUACAAUCAUAUCAAUGAUUAAAGUCACUAGUAAAUAAGAUAAUUAUUAAUUUGCCUCAAUUUUCAGUAUUUUUAGGCUAAGUGAGUGAAUGAUUCGAAAUGUUGUAUGUUAUAGAGUUGGAGAGACUUUUUUAAUUUGUGGACAUCCUUUUUAGCCAACCACCAGUCGAAUCAUAGAGAAUUCCGAACGAGCUGUUGCAACGUGGUAUAGAAACUGAAUAUUACGUUUGAACAAGUCUUUUUUCCUGAUAACAUUUAUAAAUUAAUUACAUGUCUACUGCUGAAACAAGCAGAUAUUUGAUUAUUGAUUAUUUUCGUUUCGACGGUAAUCAAUUCCUGUUUAUUUUUUUACAAUCUCCACAUUGCUCGGCGACUCGUUCUGGAAACUUCAUAAAUUCGUUAACAUACCUAAUGGUCUAAAGUAAGGACGCGAACACGAAGAAAUUCGUACAUUGACCCCCCUGUUCCUGUCUCUAUCUCACGAGCGUACGUCAAAUUGUAUUCCUGUUUCAUUAAGUCGGUGGCCAAGGCAAUCGCUGAUCGCAGGACAGCAAUGUAAUAAUGUGCGUGUGAUAGAGAUAGAAUCAUGUGAGUCAAGGUACGAAAUUCUUCAAGCUUAACGUCCGUACUUUAAUAUGAGUUAAGUGUGUUGCUUUAAUACAGACAUCAAAUAUAUUUUAGCAGUCAAGGUGACCAAACUGUUCGUCAUACCAUUUGUAGCGUUCCUUGCCUAAAGAGAACGAGGAAGAGGUUCCUAAGAACGUUUUCACAUAAUCCGAUCCGAUAUCGGUUGUAGGAAUCAAAGAUGGCGCCUUUAAUAUAGAGGAUACCUGUCCUACUAAUAGACAUUUCAACAGAAAUCUAUAUUGCAGAUGAAACAUGGAUCCUUCAGGCAUGCAAUGCCACAUGUACAUUUAGUACGAUCCUCGGUGUGUAGAACUAUUUGGCCACCUUAGCUGCUACAAUAUAUUUGAUAAUGACUAUAUCAACCAGCCUCUACAUAUUCAUACAUUAUGUAUGACACAGACUUUGCAGGCAAAUUGAAAGUCGUCAAAUAACGAAAUUGUCUUGAUUUUUUUUAAAUUAAGGAGGCUGAGUAGGUAAUUAGUAAUCACAAUUAAGAAGUUUUGUUUUAAUUUAUGAGGCAAUAUAAUAACGAGUUUGUCUGCGUAAAAUGUUAUAUUAUUUCGAACAGAUUGUGAAUAAUUUGAUAUUUGUUUAAGAAUCACAAGGUUCAUAGCAAGGUUAUAUUUCCUUAUAAUGGUUAUACAAGGGACGGUGCUAUAGGAUAUUAAAAUUAUAGAAUAGGCAAGGCUUCUACAAAUGUUGCAACUGUUUCAUGCGAUUAGAUCAUUGCUGGCUGAAAUAGAACAAGCUUGUUCUUUAAAAUUUCUAUCGUUACUGAAUGGGUUGUGUAAAAAAAAAUGGCUGUCAAUUUACAGCGCAAUGAGGGAGUUAAGAAAAAGAUAGCAACGUAAGGCAACUCGACACUGUCGCAAUUGGCAAUAUUUUCUUUUACUUCAAAUUUAGAUCUUUGUUCAGUAAUAUUUUUACAUCAGUGUCAUCGGUCGCUGACAAAACACCUUUAGUAUUUUAUAAAACACUGCUGUAUACACUUUGUCGUUUUGUAGUUACCCCCAUAAACUUAAAGUGGCCACUUUUAGGCAGCGUCCCCACUUAGGUGUCCCGUGUCUCGCGGCGCGAAACGGACGUCUCCGCCACGCCGCCUGAAUGUAAUUCAAAAAACGUCUCCUCAGUACAUUUUGUAUAGGAAGGACGUAAGACGCGCCUCCAGGUGUCGUGGCGGCGGCAUACAAAAUGUACUCAGGAGACGUUUUUUGAAUUACAUUCAGGCGGCGUGGCGGAGACGUCCGUUCCGCGCCGCAAGACAUGCGUCUCAUGAGUGUGGAGGCUGGCUCCUGUGCAAGUUCUGGGGAUAACCACACAAGGAAUAUUUGUAUUCAACGUUUGUAUGACAUUUUGUCGUUUUAUAGUUACCCCCAUAAACUUAAAGUGGCCACUUUUAGGCACCGUCCCCACUUAGGUGUCCCGUGUCUCGCGGCGCGAAACGGACGUCUCCGCAACGCCGCCUGAAUGUAAUUCAAAAAACGUCUCCUCAGUACAUUUUGUAUAGGAAGGACGUAAGACGCGCCUCCAGGCGUCGUGGCGGCGGCAUACAAAAUGUACUGAGGAGACGUUUUUGAAUUACAUUCAGUCGGCAUGGCGGAGACGUCCGUUCCGCGCCGCAAGACAUGCGUCUCAUGAGUGUGGACGCUGGCUCCUGUGCAAGUUCUGGGGAUAACCACACAAGGAACAAUUGUAUUCAACGUUUUAUAAAAUUACUUAAGUGUUUUGUUAACGACUGAUGUAGAAAUAUCGAUUACUAAAAAAAAAACUAACUUAAGAUAUAAGAAAAUAUUGAAGGUGGCUCUAUUGUCGCAUUACGCUACGCUUUAAUUGGGUAAAGAGGUUAGGUUUUUGUAUGCCGCUAUGUAUCCAUAAAUCGCAUGCGAUUAUCAGCGACGUUUGUACGGCCUUUAUAGGGAAAUUGAUUGAUAUAGACUUAGAAACUCGUGCCACCGAAAAGAGUAAUAUAUUUCUUUUAUAUUAGUUUAGGGCUAAAGCUUCCUAGCUUGCACUGGUUGUAAUUUGUUUUAAUGCCAAAAGUAAGGAUCAUUUUAUUUAGUUAGACCACAUAGCUUUUAGCUUGAAGCUGAAACGGAGUAUUAGGUUUAGGUUUCGAAGAAAUUCAAAUAGAUGGCGCUUUCUUUAUAGGUUGUCUAUGGUCUGUUUUUUUUUACCAUUCGGUAAAAUGAGAAAUAUCCGCAACUGUUAAAUUUUGUAACAGAGUAUCAAGCGAUACAAUCUUAUAAGUAAUGUAAAUAUCAUAUUGAUGGACCAAUUCACCAAUGUUUAUUAAUAUAAGUGUAUAGUUUUGUAUAAUUAAGUAGGUAAUAUUUUGUCACAUUCGCCUCAUAGUGCAUUUGUGUUCUUUCAUUCGGGCUAUAUAUUUGAAUUUUUUCGUGGGGCGGUAACUUUUUCCUGGUAUGUUUCUAAGUUUAUAGUACGUAGAAAAACAGGAAUGACAUUCAAUAUAAUUUAAAAACAGUGUCUUCCGUUAGAAUAUUAAUUCACAUUCAUAAUAUGUAUUUUGUUGUAACAUUCGUAAUAAGUGAUAUACUUUUCAGUAUACAAAUCCUUAGUGUCGACGGCACUAGGUAUACAUAAUUUUUGAAUAAAUGUACAUAUUUAAUGUAAAUUAACACAGUUAAAAUAUGAGUGUGUACGUAAAUAAACACUGUACUGUACACUAAGAUGGAAUACAAAUGUACAGUAGAUUUAAAUACUAGGUCAAAGUUACCGUUCUUUCCACAUUUUAUUAAUUAUUAACUGCAUAUCAUUUCACCGCUUAGAAAUAAGAUAUUAUAAAGCAAUUUUGUUGAUUAGUAAAGAAUUAAAAUAUUAUAUUAUUAGGUUAGGAAUCCAAUUUUUUUCUAAUAAACUACCCCACCAGUCUCCUACCGCGUAGAGGAUUUAUCACUGUUUACUUGUUAAUUAAAAUGUCUUUGCGAAAAAUUUAUUAAAACAUAUUUAAAAAUGUAAAAUUACGAUCUCCUUUGUUAAAACCAUGUAAAUAGUAUAUGUAUAUAGGUUAUUCGUUUUAUUAAUUGUAAGCCUCGGCUCGCACAUAAAUGAAAAAAAAAAUCGAACGUUAAAUAUAAUCAAAUAAAUAAAAGUUUUUUUCAGCAA